AUGACCCGCCGCCACCGUACCCAGUAGGCCCUCAUUUGACAGUGCCACUAGUUUAGUGAAGUGAGUGCGCGAGGAUUGAUUCAUCGCCAAGAGCAGUUAACGGGCCUUUCGUGUUUCAAUCUAAAAUAAUUCCUCCCUACCCCCCGACAACUUGUAAAUACUCGUCUACAUCCAAAUAAGCUUUAGAAAAAAAAAGCUCCUAAAAUUAAUAAUCGGUAAACUAGGGGGUUUGUUUCCGUGUUCGCGCUAACUCAACGAAAUAACAAAAAAAUGCUAGACGAAGAGCAUCCCGUCUACGGGCCUUUCUUUGGAGUUAUGGGCGUCGCCUCUGCCAUUAUUUUCUCCGCUCUCGGAGCGGCAUAUGGUACAGCAAAGUCUGGCACAGGUAUUGCAGCUAUGUCCGUAAUGAGGCCUGAGCUCAUCAUGAAAUCCAUCAUUCCCGUUGUCAUGGCGGGUAUCAUUGCCAUUUAUGGAUUAGUCGUAGCUGUACUCAUUGCUGGAUCUAUACAGCCACCUGACCAAUAUCCUCUGUACAAGGGUUUCGUUCAUCUGGGUGCUGGUCUGGCAGUCGGUUUCUCAGGGCUGGCAGCCGGCUUUGCGAUUGGCAUCGUGGGUGAUGCCGGUGUAAGAGGUACAGCCCAACAACCACGUCUUUUCGUUGGAAUGAUUCUGAUUCUCAUCUUCGCCGAGGUAUUGGGUCUCUAUGGUCUCAUCGUUGCCAUCUUCCUCUACGCCAAGAAUUAAACAAAUUCGGAAGAAAACAAAUUGCAAUUAAACGAAUUCACUGAAACAGUCGAGGCAGGAAUAACAAGAUACUAUUGCCUGCCAUUCAAGAACAAAAUUGAUAUAAAAAAAAAACCAACGCUCCCUAAAGAAACUAAAUAAAUAUUGCAACAUAUUUCGACGUUUUACUUAAAAGAAGUCACAUUUCUGCAUAUUGUACCCACCAUCAAGCAUCACAGAACCUUGUAAUCUCAUCAUUGUUAAAUAUCAAGAUUAAUUUGAAAAUUUUAAAGACAAAACUAACGAAACAAAAAACGUGACAGACAACAAUUUGAAUCCUGUUUCUCCCAUAACAAAAAUGUGCGUGCAACAGUCGGCUGUAAUUGAGCUAUGGAUAAUGAAAAAUAGUGCGAGAUGAUUGAAAAUAAUUCACAACAGUAUGCAAACACGAAUGAGCAGAGAUGUACAUAGCGAGAAUGAAGGCACACAAACCAUGAAAAAAAAAACACUAUUCUUGAUUUUCCACGCCGAAGACAAACCUUUCUCUUUCAUUGUAUAGUAAUCAUUUUAUAGUAUAGUUUGACAUUGAAUUAUCAAUUAAAUUAAUCGGCUCUACUCAGUGUAUAAAGAUUAUAAAAAAAAAUGAAUGAAAAUACCAUUAAAAAUGCGGUUCUAUUCAUUAACGAGAAAUACUUAGCACAAUUACUGUAUUAUGCAAAAAAAUCAGUGGGAAAUAAUAAUAAGCGGCGUAUGGUGUUCUGUGGAUCAAUGUGAGCGAUGAAAAAUCAUUUUUAAAUUUGAUGUCACCAUAAAAGUGAGAAUAACGCGUUGAACUGGACGCGAACAAACGACAUUUCAGAAUCAGAUGAAAAUUCUCCAUCAGCAUAAUAACAUUUGUACAUUAAAAAAGUUCUGUUUUGAAUUUUUGGAAUUAAUUAUUAAUUAUCGAACGCCUACGCAUCAAUGCGCAAGGGAGGAAUGCAUCGUGAGGAAUGGAUUUCUGAUAGCGGGAACUUUGCGUAUGAACUGAUCCGGAAAUUUUAAUGAAUUGAAAAAAAUAUAUAAGAUUGAUACUCGAUAGUAUUAAGUCAAUUUCAUUGGGGGCUGCUUGAACUUGAUUGCAUUAACGACGAAAUUUUUCAAUGAAUCUUCACGAGAAGUCGACUCUCUUGGAAAUAAAAAAAAAGAGUAAUGACGAAUGUUCGGUGAUUCAUAGAAGCUAAAUAGUCGUAAAAGCCAAGAAUUGUUGCAAUGGCCAGCAUCAAUUCUGCUCACCAUCCACAAAUAUCCAGGAAUGUAAAGAUAAUAAUUAAACACACGUGAUGAUGCGCCAGAAGAUGAACCAAUGGCACAUUAAUAUCGAAAUUGAGGUGUAUGAGGCCCUGAGAAUGGCCUCGUGAGGCGAAUAAAUGUUAAAAUGAAAUAAUAAUGAAAAACAAAAUGUAACAAUUUGUACAUUCCAUAAUAAGUUCGUUGAGUCCAUGGUGGCGGGUACGCAGGGAAUUGUUUCAGUAAUACCAAAAAUGAAGAUUUACCCUGGGUCCACAGGGCUAAUUGCCUGGGAGCUGGCAAUUGGCUUUGUCUGACUCCAGUAUCCUCGGGAAAAAAAAACAAAUAACCCAAUGGAAAACAAACAUAACCAUUGAGGACAGUCUCACGAGAUUGAAUGAAUCGAUUGAAAGAAUCACCUGUUAACUCGUUUACCGUGUUUUAUUGACUGUGGCAGUAUCUCCUUGUAUUACCUGAUAACAAAAACAUCGAGCUCAACGUAUAGAGGCAUUUCCGGGCGAGGGAGGGGAUUUCUCUUUGCUUCUCAAUUCGAGAAUAACACUAUUUCGAUUAGAUAGAUGUUCAUUACUUCUGUUUGAUUAUGAUGAAUGGAACGGGAUAAUUAAUUAUCUCGAGUGAAUGCAUAUCACAGUGUUUGCAAAGUUCUCGCUUGAAAAUGCAACUAUAUUGGGGACAGACUGGAACGAAAUAAAUCGUAAUGUGAAACAUUUAAGAAAAUAAACGCUCUUUCGAACAUUCUCGCGGCGGCGGAUCAACAUUCGGUUGGAGGGAAGAAUAUAUGGGAUUUAUUUGACUAGAAAUGGCAAUGAAGAUGAAGACUAAAAUCACAGGGAAAUACAGUUUUUUUUUAAUUGAGAACAUCCAGAAGAUAAUUUUCUGCGCCGAAAUGAGAGUAGUUCCCUCGUCCGAUCGAUUCACAAAAAAAACGUAGAAACAACGCAGAUCAUGUCACAAUCCAGACGAUUUCCUCUCUCCCCCCUUUAACCGUUCAAAAUGUCAAUGAGAAAUAAUGCUAUACGAAACUAUUGUAUUCGCUGAUGAGAUAACGCUGGGAGGGAAUUAAAAAAAACAUUUUAUCAGUUGCAAUAGUACGCGUGUUAUGUACAUACCACCAUUGAUGCUUGAAGCUAUAAUUGCACGUAUUAAGGUAGACUAGAAUGCGGUAUUAUUGUACCAAAUUUGCGUAGUUGUGUGAAAGAUUUAAAUCCAAAUAACUAUGAAAAAAAUUGACUAAUGGAGUAAUUAUCUGAAAUUGUGAAUGAGAGAGUGAUGAGAGUGAGCGAUAGAGCGUGAUUUAAGAUGAGAAAUAAUUAACGAUUUCGUAGAUGAAUAUAAAUGAGGAAGCACUGGUAUAGAGGGAGGAGAGAAACGCCGUCGCCACCCCCCCCUUUUUAAAAUGAAAAAGAAAAAAAAUACUAUCUUCCAGUGUUACUUGUAGAUUCAUUGUUGAGCGCUGAAAGUGAUACUGAUCAAUAAUUAUUUAUGUUAUAUGAUUCGUCCUCGAUGUUACAGAAAACAAAAAACCGUGUUUAAUAAAAAUUCAAUUUGGACAA